GUGUUCGCAAGUAGAACUAAAUGAACAUAUCUUCGAGCGAAAAAUACAUAGCGCUCGUUCGUUUAAAGUUUGGAUGCAUAUUUUAUUCACUGUCAGUUAUUAAAACUAAAUACGUAAAUUAUAACCCUCAUUUAACCCACGCAAAUAACUUUUUAACCUCGCAACCAUUUUUAAUUUUCUUUUUAAAAAUGCAAAAGCAAGUCCCAUGACACGUGCAUAUUCGGGUUCAGCCCUUACGCUAAGCUUCGUUGGUUGCAAAUUUUAAAACUUUGGCAUUAUUUUCAUGAGCGCUUCUCAUCUAGUUAUAGGCACAACUACUAUUUUUAUGAGUCUGCCGUGCUCUUCCUCGUUUAUUUCGUUACGGGAAUACUUAUUAUUAGGUCAUCGUCCUACGCUACGAGUCGUCGUCUUAGGCAGCAUUCAUUACGCGUCCUCGUCGCCAAAGCAAGACCACAUGUAAUACAACAAUUACUCCCGCCCGAUAUUUCAUAAUUUAGACGAUUUGCUAACUCAGAAAGACCGACAGCCUCCAGCCCCACUCAGCUGACACCUGACAGAUUGACCCACUACUGCUGUGGGGCGGCUGACCUUGACCGGGUCGGGUCAGUCCUCGCUGGAAGAGUCGCGCGUCAGUCCAAGUCGGGAUGUGCGCCCCACCGCCGCGGCUGGCAUGCGGGCUCGAGUGAUGUGUUCUGACCGCCUCGCCCUCGGGUAUAUGAAGUGGCAGUAAUCGGUGGUAGACGGUGAUGCCGGUGUUAUAAGCGCAGACCGAUGGAAUUAUCCAGUGGAAGCUGACAGUCUGCACACCGGAUGUCGGAAAAGCUUCAGUGCCUACCUGGUUUCUUUAGCUGUCGGGAAAAUGUCCGAUCUUCACGGCGCCGCGGACCAUAUCGACAGUGAAGAGAUUGGUCACGCUUCUCACCAUACCGCCGGCUACUGCUGCUGUAAUAGCGGCUGCGGGCAGUGCAUCCCCGAGUGCAGCAGCUGUGCUAAGUGCUGCGGCAGCUGCAGCAGCUGUACUCCCUGCUGCGACAGCUGCGCCAGCGGUCGUUGCCGUCCGUGGCUGGUGGUGGUCGCCUGUUUCUGGCUGAGCUUCCUAUCGGAUGGCGUGGCCAGCUGCUUUGGCGUGCUGCUGCCGGAGCUGGCAGAUCGGAUCGGUGCUUCCAUCGCUGACACGUCCUGGGCGGGCAGCGUCCUCUGCGGCGGCCAGCUGAUCGUCGGCCCGCUGGUCAGUGCGCUGGUGAACAAGCUGGGCUGUCGCCAGGUAGUGAUUGCCGGUAGUCUGAUGUCGUCAGUGGCCUUCAGCCUCAGCGCAUCGGCCUCCGAAAUCGGCCUCUUCAUCGUCAUGUACGGCAUCCUCGGAGGUCUCGGACUUGGAAUGAUGUACCUGCCCUCAGUGGUCGCCGUCAGCAUUCACUUCGACACGAAUCGGGCACUGGCCACCGGCAUAGUCGUCUGUGGCUCAGGUGUGGGCACCUUCUGUCUGGCCCCGCUGACGCAGUACCUGCUGGACGUGUCCGGUUGGAAAGGAGCCCAGCUGGCCACCGCCGCCCUGCUCCUCACCGGAGCCCUGAUGGGCGGCGUUAUGUCGGAGCCGCAGUCGGAUUCCGAGCCCUGUCGGACCUGCUGCUGUGCUGUGUCGCCUUCCCCGACACCGGGCCGCCAGUCUGAGACCAGCACUGGGCCGGACAGCGAGCAGACCUCCGGAACGGGAGACCACCGCUGCUCGGUGAACAGGGCGAGAGAACCGCUCCCCAUCACAACGGACGACCGUCGGGAGAAGGCUGGACCCGCCUCUCCCGAUGACACCUUCCUGGCUACCAACACCGGCAGUUAUGUGAAGAUGACGUCCCCGGCCGUACCGUCUAACGCAGGGGACCUGGAGGUGGCCUGUCCUCCGGCGGCUGCUCCGCCUCCGGCUGUAUUCCUGUUCCCCGAGGUGGUAAUACAGAGCGCCAGCUCCACCGGGGAUACGCUUAGUGAGGGCGCCCCAUCCUCCCAGCAGUCAGACGAGUCUGUCGUUACGGGACGGCAUAUCGACCCGGUCGGGCCGCUCCCAGACGAACCUCUCCACCGUGAGACGCUGGCCGCCUCCCAUUCCCACCUGCUCCGCUCCGUGGAUGACCGAUCAUCCUACCUCCGUCCCGGCGUUCCCAGCGAGUCCCGUCCCGUCUCCGGUCAGCCCCGGCCCGUCUCCGGUCACCUCCGGCCCGUCUCCGGUCACCUCCGGCCCGUCUCCGGCCAGUUCCGACCCGUCUCUGACCUGCUCUCUCCCCGUCUGGCUGUCUCCACGCCAUGUAACCAGUCUCACACCCCUCACACGCCCGCAGCCGGUCGAGGUCCGGUCCCCUCUCAUCUCCGUCCCCUGCAGAGGGCAGAUGUGUUCUUCUCGGGCAGAGUUCGGUCGGUGGCGCGGGUUGCGGUCACUCCAACAGGGGCACUGGUCAGUCCCUCCAGUCUGCCACCUGCCGCUGACACUGACGUGCAGCGGAGGCUCGCCCUGACCUCCGUGGGCAGUGCUGACACCGUACCGGUCAGAGAGGUCACGCCGUCUGACCGAGCCGCCGGAGACUCGUUUGCUGUGCUGAAGGAGAUGCUGAACGUCUCACUGCUGAAGGAGACGCCGUUCCUGCUCACCUGCAUCGGCUACUCCUUCAGCAUGCUGGGAUACUUCGUACCAAUUGUCUACAUCCUGGACGAAGCUGUACAGCAUAAAGUCAGCCCGCCGCACGCCUCGAUGCUGGUGGCGGUCAUGGGUAUCUCGAACACGGUGGGCCGGCUGGCGGUCGGCGUGCUCAGUGACAUGCAGCACAUGGACGUGCUGUUCCUCAACAACGUCUCCAUGCUGGGCUCCGGUCUGGUGGCACUGCUCAUCCCGCUCUGCGAGACGUACUCGACCUACGCGGUGGUGACGGCCGUUUUCGGUCUGCUCUCCGCGGCCAACAGCACGCUCUCCUCUCUGGUACUGGUGGAAAUGGUCGGCCUGGCACGGCUAACGAACGCCUUCGGUCUGACGCUACUCUUCAGGGGAGUGGCCGCCGUGCUGGGCACGCCUCUGGCAGGAUUUGUGGCCGAGCGAACCAACAGCUACGACGAGCCGUUCUACAUGACCGGCGGUCUCCUGAUCGCCGCGGCGCUGCUGGGUUUCCUGGCCAGCGGCUGGGGUCGGCGGGGCUGCCGCAGCGCGCCCGCCGAGACAUCCUCCAACAGCUACCGGAGGGCCGACUCGGUGGACACGUGACCUCCUCCAACAGCUAAUAAGGGGCUGAUCUCGUGGACACGUGAUCUACAGCAGCUUCUGAAAAGUGGACCCAUUGGACUCCGUGGACAAGCGACUGGUAGUGGAACCGCUGUUGACUUGUUCAAAGUAGGGUGGUUUGAGGCUGUCUUAGCCAUAAUUACCCCCACUGCAUAAUAUAAUGCAUAGUGAACAGUGAACACCGAACAUGUCCAAGAAGUAUACUGUACGAAUUUUUGGAUCAUUGUUAGUUAUUCUAUAGGCCGUGAUUUUGUGUAUCAUAUGUGCCUUUGUGCCAUCCAUGUCGUGCAAUAGUGCGUGUUUGUAUGUACCAAAGCCGAGGAAUACAAGACCUUAUUGAACGUAUAA